AUGGAGCCAGGUGCAGAAGAAGGAAAAGAGAUGUUUAGGAAGGAACUAACUUCAUUAAUGAAGAAGCAGUACUUUCCGGUAAAUAAAACAGCCGGCCGUGUUGUUAUCAAGGGGAAUUGGAGCCUAGAUGAAGACCAAUUGCUAGUGAGACUGGUACAAGAAUAUGGAGUGAAGAAAUGGGCAUUUAUUGCCUCCUUGAUUGGCAGAAGAAUAGGGAAACAAUGUAGAGAACGAUGGUUCAAUCAUCUACGUCCUGAUAUCAAGAGAGAUGCAUGGACUUUAGACGAAGAGAUCGCUCUGGUGGAAGCCCAUUCUGCAAUGGGAAACAGGUGGGCAGAAAUAGCAAAAAGAAUUCCUGGAAGAACUGAGAAUUCUAUAAAAAAUCACUGGAAUACUACAUGGAGGAGGCAAAUGAAUAAACGGAAGAGCCGGCGAAGUACAGGCAAUGGAAGAACCACCACUGUUUUGCAGGAAUACAUAAGGACCAUUGCUUUGGCCGGCCAAAAAGGACUGGAGAAGCCAAAAAGGAAAGUUAAUCCAAAAUUGUUGUUGCUGAAAGACAAGGAGGAUCAGGGAAAAGAAUGCAGCAAAAACGGCAUUCCAGACAUGCCAGUCUCAUCAUCUGCACUUAAUGGGGAUAUGAUAAAUGUCAGAAUGGAGAAUAAUAUUGCAGAUGAUCCAAACGAUGGGGUAUUUGACGACAUGGAUCUUACUUCCUUACUCCAAUGGCCUAGUGCAUCUUCUUCAUCUUAUGAUUUUCUACCUAGUUUUUAUGACAAUUCAUUUUCAAACGAGUUGGGAAAUUUGAAGAAUGAACUGGAUCUGGUGGAGAUGCUUGCCACAUCAAUGAACAUAGAUAAUCAGCGGUAA